AUGCCGAGGCCACAGUUCAUGCAUGUCGGGAGGGCACACCAUCCUUCGUGGAUCCACUGCCAGCAUGCCAGAGGGCAACGCCGCUGCCGCCAAGGUCACCAUGGACGCACGCAGAGGGGGACCGUUCCUCUCCUAACGGAUCUUGUGCCAAGCUCCCCGCACGGAUUCGCCGUCGGGGACGCCACCGCUGGUGAUGAAGGGAGCGCCACUGCCGUUGCCACAUAUGUCGGGGGAAGGGGGGCCGUGGCCGGUGAGGAACGGGCACCGCCGCUGCUGGGGGUGAUGCCUGCCUUUGGUGGGUGGAAGGGAGCGGAGAUGCUGGUUGGGAAGAAGGCAGUGUCAUCGCCGGUGGUGGUGGGGGCGCGACUCCGCGGCGGUGGGGGAGGCUGCGGGUGCCGGUGGCGCGCAGCCAAGCCCGCGGCGGGAGGGGUCGCGGCACCCCACGGCGGGAAGGAUCCCACGCGCGAGGCGGAGCCGGAGGCAUCGACGGAGGCGACCCGAUGUUUCUAUUUUCGCGGAAGAGAAGAAAAUGGGGGCGCGGGGAUGGGAAUCGAACCCUCGCCGCUCGAGCAUCGCGCUGUGCGGGUGCGGGGCGAAGCGCCUCCGCGAAGGGCGAUCGGAAGGUUUCCGCGGUGGCGGCCAAGAAGGUUUCUAACGUCGGUUUUUUCGCGAUUGGAAGGUUUCCGCAGUGGCGGCCAGGUUUUUUUUCGGUGA